AUGUUACAGCAGUGCGGAAGCAGUAACGGCGACUUAGUAGUGAGUCGGGACCAAAGUGGCAUGGACUGCAUGCCCCUGCGGCCAGAGCAUUUUGACUACCUAUUAAGCGAGCAGGCCAAGUCCCGACUGGCCCUCCGGGAGCUGCAGCAUGAGGUCGGUGCCCUUCUUGAGUUCCGGGACCUCGUCAUCGAGACGUUCCCAGACCUCCGGCACAAGAUGGCGGCCUCCGCGACGGCAUCGGUGAUCUCCUCGCCGAACUCGGGGAACUCCUCGCACACUCUGCCCCUGUCGAGCACCGCCCGACGAACGGCCGAGUGGGAGCCGGGGAAGGUCAGACGGAGGAUAGCCGCGGCCCCCCGGGAGUCCGAGACCCCUACUUCGUUGCCGAGGAGCCGCAGCAACUCCCACAGCGGGGGCAGCAAGAACAGUGCCACCGUCCAGGACUCGGGCUUCAGCACCGAGACCUCCUCCAAGGACAGCGCCUCGACGGCGAUCCCCCUGAUCAGGCCGGCCUCUCCGAGCACCAACACCACCAGCGUCACCAACACCUCCAAGCCCGUCCUCGACGAGGCCGAAGAUGAGCUCUGGAACCUCCUGGACGUGAUCCACCGCAAGGGCAUCAGGUUACGGGAGGAAGUUGAGUCGCUCCAAGGUAGGCUAGAAAGUUCUCCAGCUCCAGACGAUCUUAUUGCUGGGGAUGUUUUGGAGGCUGUGAAAAGAGUUACUUCGUCCUCUUCGACGACUAUCAGCACCACUGAUGAAGCAACUCACGAUAAAACUGAUAAUAUUAGUAAUAUUAAUUGUAAUAAUAAUUUUAAUGAUAAUGAUAAUAAUAAAAAAGCUCAAGCUCAAGUAGUCGAAAGAUUAACCCAUGAAAGAGAGCAGCUGCUGGACAAGGUAGCAGCGCUGGAAGCUGAAGCAAUAUCUAGUAGGACCCGCACCCAGCAAUUACAAUCAGAAGUUGCUGAACUCUCCGCCAUAAAGACCGACCUCGAGGACCGGCUGAGGGGCCUCACAGAGAGACCCGAGUGCGAAUUUCUGACGCUAAAGUCCCCAGAGUCUCCGAGCAAAAAGUCCCCCGUGAACACCACCACCAUCACCAGGUCCAGUAAGUCGACUGCGCAUAAAAGCAGGUUUCGCACCAGGACCAUUGAAAAGAAUGUCCUCGCUAAUGUUCCGAUUACCACCGAGGAGUUUGAUCCUGAUGCGGCGGUCCAGGAAAGACGCGUCAGGCUUGGAGCGUUGGACUCUAUUCUUGUGUCUCCGACGAGGGUCGCUCAUGUGCCUGGAUGCCUGCAAAAAAGAUUAGAUGAGGUGCAAAAGAGCACAGAAACUCUGUCCGAACGUUUAGAUAAAGCGAGAGAAGAAAAUGACGACUUGAGAUUUCAGCUUGACAGACAAAAUAUCGAGUUGGAAGGAACCAGAGCGUUGGUGCGCGUGCUGGAGAAGCAACACCAGCAGCUGCAACCGGUCGAUGGUGAUCCAGAGUCCGAAGUAGAGACCCGCGAGCCCUGCUGCCUAGAAGCUGGAAGCAGCACCGAGUCAGCGCGAGACCACCAUCAGCCAGCAACAGUCAGUUUGAGCCAAGCUGGAACGACUUUGCACGAAGCAGUAAAACCCUCACCCCGGAGACGGCCUCCUAGUCGCAUUCCCUUGCCGGACUCCUCGACAAAGUCAGCCACCUUGUCGACACUCUCCUCAUCGGCGCCUUCCAGAGCCUCCUACUCGGCCCUCACCAACGGCAAGAGUGAGAGCCGGGAGUCUCUGAAGAGCUCGCUGAAGUCCUUGACCGCGAAACCCCCGAGGGACUCUAGUCGUGACAGCUUCACCAGCGGGCAGAAUCCCAACGCCUCCAAGUCGCUCUCAGCAAAGACACGGGACUCAAGUCGCGAGUCACUGAACAAAAGUCUACCAAAAAAUCCAAGAGAAUCUAACAGCCGGGAAUCUUUAUCGAGAUCUUCUUUGCCGAGGAGCAAUAAUUCAGCAACAGCUCGUGAUUCUCUCAGCAGAUCAUCUUUGUCACGCGCCCGGGACUCGCUCGAGUCAGCUCACACCAAUCUGAUGAAUUCAGCUGCAGCCAACAACAACAAUAAUAAUAAUAUUAAUAGCAAUCAUAAUAUUAAUGGUAAUCACCAACAGUCCUCGACAUCGACAUCUAGCACAAGUUCAUCUUUAAGAAGGCCACUGGCUCCGGCCCGUCGUUCCCACAGUUUAGUACGCGUCUCUAUUGACACAGACACAACCGGAAAGGUACGACCACCAAAGCUCGCCUUUUGGACCAGCUGGAUGAAAGUAUUAAGACGACUGAACGGCGACGGGUACAACUGCUACGAACAAAGUGUGAAAGAAGCGCAGGCGAGCGUGCAUUCGAGCCCCAUCGGCUGUCCAAAUACGCAAUUGGCCCUAACUCGCGUACGACAGUCUCUCGCUCUGACGGACCCACCGUCAUCUUGGUGCUCGUCGAGCAGCGGGUUUCGACUCAGUGACUCCUCGCUGUGCCCAGAUUCACUGAAUCCAGAAGAUAAUGACUACAGCAAUACAGCGACAUCGAUAACUGGAUCAACGAAAAUAGAGUUUAUGAUUGGCUCACCGACGCGAAGAUUCAAAUCAACCGUCCCCUGGCAGAGUAAUCAGCAGCAUCAGCACAUAAACCAUCAGCAGUACUUUGAUAGUAUCAAUUCGUCGACUGGGACUGGUGGUAUGGCGCCAGAAAGUCUUAUGACUGAUGAAUUUCCACCCCGCAGUGGCGAAGCGCUCGCCGAGUGCGAUUCAUUGGAUGAUAAUCCUAUUUCUAGUGAAGAUUAG